UUUACUCCCUCAGCUGAUGCCAUGAUGAAAGGAACUGGGCUUAGGGAGGCAUGUGUGGAGAUCAUCCCUGGUCUCCAGUACUCGUGUUACAGGAGGAAUCUGACCUACGUACCAGCCUCCAUCCCCUCCACCACUGAACACUUGGAUUUCAGCUUUAAUUACUUAAACACUUUACAAAGAGGUGUUCUGCCGAGUCUGCCAUCCUUAGUGCAUCUUGAUCUCACAAGAUGCAACAUCCAACACAUUUACAGUGAUGCCUUCAUCACCACCAGAAACUUGUCCAUUUUGAUUCUGACUGGAAAUCCAAUAAGAUGUCUUGGUAAACACAGUUUCAAUAUUCUGACAAGAAUGCAGAAACUUGUAUUAGUAGAUACUGCUCUGUCUUCAUUGGAUAGCCUGAAUUUACAGAAUGCAACAAGCCUACGUGAAUUACAAGUUGGGAGAAACAACAUAUUUUCCAUUGCCCUGCCGAUGUAUGCCGUCAGCUUCAAGGACUUUGCUGUGCUAGAUCUGCACUCAAACAACAUUUCUGUUAUUAGAGCGGUUCACACAUCUGUUCUGCGAGCUCUUGGUACCAAUAUUUCUUUAAUAUUGUACAGUAACCCAAUAUCCUUUAUAGAGGCAGGGACUUUUUACGGUCUUUAUUUAAAGCAGCUGGAUGUAAUUGACACUUUCACCUCAUCAGCAAUUAUGAGGAAUGCAAUUGGAAAUCUUAGUGGCUUGAGUGUGAAGACACUGAGGAUCGGAGGCUUUCUGAUCUCUUCAGAGAGUUUAAUACAUACGGAUUCUCUGGAUAAACUUUGUGUCAUACAAUUCCAGGAGAUUUUCUUUUAUCAACCUACAUAUGAAGAAGUUGCGUUAAAUCUUUUGGAACAUUUUCCUUUAAACUAUCUGGAAGAGAUUAUUCUAGUCCGUGGCAAACUAGCUCGUCUACUAGGUCCUCUUCUCUCUCAUCAAAACAGAUUAAGGAAACUGGUUAUCAAUCAUAAUGCAAGAGUUAUUCCAUCAUUUCUAAAUAUUGAAGAUUUGCCUAGUCUGGAAUAUGUUGAUCUAAGUGACAAUGGUUUGAUAAUGCCAUGCUGUGACUAUGAAUUUAUUGGCACUCCUAAUCUACAAUAUCUAAACUUAAGUAUGAAUGCAAUGGUAAGAUUUAGAUCACAAGGACUAUCAAGUCUUCCAUAUCUGGAGAUACUUGAUCUCAGUCAUACAAAAGUAAACUUGGAAAAUUUUGCUAUCGAUUUCAGCAAACUUGUCAAAUUAAAAUAUCUUGAUUUCUCCUUUUCACAAAUUCAAUUUAAAAUAAGCAUCUUUACUGGUUUGAACAGUCUUCAAGAAUUAAAAGUUGCUGGCAAUACCUUUAAAAAAGACAUUUUUGGCCAAAUGUUUUCAAACCUUACGUCUUUGAUGAUCCUGGAUAUUUCUAGUUGUGCCAUUGAAGACAUACCUUGGAAUUCUUUCGAGGGUCUGCAUCAUUUAAAACACCUCGCUGUGAGUGGGAACAGGCUGGGCACUUUAAACUUUCUUACCCAUCCAAGUCUUUCAAACCUGGUGUCCAUUUAUGCAGAUGGCAACAACAUAUUCACCAUCUCACCCUCUAUUUUCCAUCAACUCUCCUCUAAUCUUUUGCAAUUUGAUCUGUCCUUCAAUCCAAUAGAAUGUUCAUGCUCUAGUUUUGAGUUUAUUUCCUGGAUCAUCAAUCACCAAUCAGUUCUAAAGAAUCCUGAUCAACUGUCAUGCAAAGGUUCACUCGAGAGCUCUAAGGUACUUGACUUUGAUCCUACACACUGUAUUCACAUAAAGAGAGUUAUAUUCUUACUGCCCAUAUUUGCAGUUGUGAUGUCACUGCUACUGUCUGUAUUGGUGUACAAGUUCCAGUUUCAUCUGCGCUACUGUUUCAUACUGCUAAGAGGCUACAGAACAGCUAGCACACAGGACUACUCUUAUGAUGCCUUUGUAAUCUACUCCAGUAAAGAUGACGUCUGGGUACAGGAUGAGCUCAAGGAAAAUCUUGAGACAGGAUUUCCCCCAGUCCAACUUUGCCUCCAUGAGCGAGACUUUCAAGCUGGGAAGGCAAUCACUGCAAAUAUUGUGGAUGAGGGAAUAAUGAGCAGUCGCAAAGUAAUUGUUGUGGUGUCUCAACACUUCAUAGACAGCUCCUGGUGUCGGUUUGAGUUUGAAAUGGCGCAGUCCUGGUUUGUGUUGGGGCAAAGUGCCCGCAUCAUCCUCAUCAUUCUUGAGGAUGUGGAAGAUAAAAACAUAAGAAAGGUUUUUGGACUUCAUAAGUAUCUAAAAAAGAACACUUAUCUCAAAUGGAAAGGGAAUGCACUUAGCAACAUGAGGUUCUGGACUCGUCUCAGGAAGGCUAUCAUUGCAAAUGAAUGA